AUGACUGCCCAUCUAUGGGAUUUAAAAUCCAAUUAUAUGCUUGCUUUCACAGUUUGUAAAUAUGCAUCACAUUUUGAAGCGUGGAAUUCAAUAGCCAGCGAUCUGGCGGAUUAUAUCAACACCACGCCGCAAGAUUGUCGAAUGCAAUUCGAUCGCUUGUACCAACAAUACGGACAUGAUUGGAACCAACAAUCAUCAGAAUCGCUGCAAAGUUAUAUUUUUACAAUCAUUAAACGUCUGUAUUAUGGUGAUCUCUGCAAUCGAAUGACGAAAUCACGAGAUUUACUUAUGGUUACCUACGACUUUAUACGGCUAUAUAAAAUUGGUCGAAUCACUUCAAAGGAUAUCAAUGAUAUCUUAGAAGAUAUUAAAAAUACUGCGCCGUCUGGAAAUAGUUUUCACGACGAUGAACGAGAACUCAAAAUUAAAAUGCUUGGCCGCCUGAAAUCCUAUAUGACCAAGCAAAACGAUCUGCCAACAGAUCUACGAAGCUCAUCAUUUCCGGUUGAAUUGCUACCACCACCACCACCGUUCUUCCAAACGCAAGUAAAUUUCAUACCGCAAACACAAACAAUUUCGCCACCAAAUGCGAACGAUCGUCAAGUACCUUCUCUCGAUGCUCACCCAAAACUAAAUCCACCGGAAUUAUCAUCGUUUCCCAUCAUAAUCCAAUCGAAUAAUCUGUUGAUUGAAAACGAUCGACAGUUUAUAGCAAAGAACCAAGCAACUACAGUUCAUAUCGAUGAAAUUGAACUUAGUUCUGAUGAUGACACUAAUGAGCAACCGUUACGCGCGGAUGUAGGUCAGGAUCAAGAAGAAUCAACACUAAUUUCCGACGAACUAACGGAAACAAAUCAAUCAGCAAAUGCAUUGCCAAUAACAUCGGAAGGUUCCAAUUCGAAUGAUCAAGAUUUUUACGAACACGUCAGUGACACAAGUCUGAGUAAUCAAUCAACUGUGGACACUUGCCUGUCAGCACAAGAACAAGUAACAAACAGCGAGCAACCACAAUUAUCAAAUUCUGAUCUUAAUGGAGAUAGUAGUGCAACGAGUUAUCAUUCAUCGAUACAAAAUCAUAGUCAACAUCUGAUUCGAAACGAAAUGACACCGACAAUUUCAGGACGAGAUCGUGCUGAUAGCGAUCUCGUUCAAAUGGAUGGAACGCCCAUCUCUAAUGGUAAUAUUCUCAAAAGUUCGUCGAACUAUAUUGAUAACUACAUGGCAUCAUCACAUUCUGAAAUGCAAGAAGUGAAUGACCUAACAACAUCAAGAAAUUCACGUCGACAACCACGAGUAAUGCCUACCCUAACAAAGAAUCAUAAUCGCAAAUCGAUCAAUGCAGUUCUCAGUAGUUUAAAAUCUGCCAAAUAUGGUUAUGAUUUUUCUCAAUCACUUGAUUCUUUCAAAUUAUCAGAUGAAUAUUAUACUCAAAUUAAACAUCCAUUAGAUAUACCUGAAAUACGCGAACGUCUGAAUAAUGGCGAUUACGACGAUGAUAUGCUUCUAUUUCAACGUGAUAUUUUAAUGAUGUUUACAAAUGCUCUCUAUGCUUAUGAACGAGAUUUAGAUAUCCAUAAACAUGCUCAAUAUAUGAUUAAAUAUUCUAUGGAAUUAUUUACCUCAAUGGAAGACGCACUUACUCCAUGGGCUUACGACGAAAACAAUCAUAAUCCAUCAUCGAAGAAUCUUCGACGACAAACAAUAGUAGCUCAUUCAACAACGACUAAACGUCAACGUAAAACAACGAAUUAA